UCCGCAGUCUCUGGUCAUCCCCUGUACUGUGCCCGCAGUCUCUGGUCAUCUCCUGUACUGUGUCCGCAGUCUCUGGUCAUCCCCUGCACUGUAACAUUCCAUCUAAGGGAAAGGGACACCGCCCUUAAUAAAUAGAAUAAAUCCUUACAUAAACCACCACACUCCUGUACUAUGUCCGCAGUCUCUGGUCAUCUCCUGUCCUGUGUCCGCAGUCCCUGGUCAUCCCCUGUACUGUGUCUGCAGUCUCUGGUCAUCUCCUGUACUAUGUCUGCAGUCUCUGGUCAUCCCCUGUACUGUGUCUGCAGUCUCUGGUCAUCCCCUGUACUGUGUCUGCAG